AGAACUAUUUUCGUUGGUGCUAAGAUCUAUGCCUGCGGCAACCAAGGGUUUCUGUGUUUUUAAUGGUAGAAUUGUCCAACACACAUAUUUCGCAGUAAAUUAAUUACAUGAUUCGAUUUGAAACUGUUUGAAGGAGAGACGUGAUUUAAUAAGCAUGAUUGAUCCCUGCCUUUGAGGAAUUUCGGUAUUUUUUACUUGAAGUUCGAGGGUUCUGUACUUCUUAAUUGAAACACCUCACCCACCGUAUAAUUGAGGGUCGUAGAGGGGUUUUCGAAAACAAAAAGGUGUCGUUGCUGGGGAAUAAAAUCUGGUAUAUUGUGGACAAGGAUGAACAGGAUUACAGAUGUACACUAAGUGAAGUGGGUUUUCCCAAUCUGAGCUGUAAUCCUCGCCUUCCUCCCUGCUCAAAGGGUUUGGGUUCAACCAGGAACGAGGAAUUUUGUUUCCUCUUCAGCGUUGUGAACCUUCUCUCACCUGCCACGAAGUUUUUAAUUGCUGCAGUGCGAGACUGGGAAGACAGUGCUUUAAGUUCAAAUUCUGUGGUUGGGUUUCAAUUUUCAAGGCUCACAAAGAGGCUAUGAGGGCUGUGGUGCAGCGAGUCACGUCUGCACGCAUUGAGGUGGAUGGCAAGAUAGUAUCCGAAAUUGGCGAUGGCCUGCUGGUGCUUGUGGGACUCCUCGACUCCGACACUGACGUAGACUCCGAAUUCAUCUGCCGAAAGAUCCUCAACAUGCGCCUAUUCCAGAACGAGAAGACUGGCAAAUCGUGGGACCAGAACGUGAUGCAAAAGAAUUAUGAAGUCUUGCUUGUCAGCCAGUUCACUUUGUACGGAGUGUUGAAAGGCAACAAACCGGACUUCCAUGUAGCCAUGCCCCCGCAGCUUGCCAAAUCAUUUUAUGAAUCCCUUGUCCAAAGAGUUCGGAAAGCUUACAAACCUGACGCUGUGAAAGACGGGGUUUUUGGAGCAAUGAUGCAGGUCUCUCUGGUAAAUGACGGCCCCGUCACCAUGAAUCUUGAUUCCCGCAAAGAAUCUAGCGCUGAAUCUGGCAUUUCAAAUGACUUUUUGAAAAAAUCCUCUGCAAAGAAUGCUGUUCAAAGCCCUAAGUGUAACACCCCGCAGAAGGUAGCGCAGGCUAAGUUAUCCCUUAAAGUUCAUCAUUUUGGUGCUAGGAUCAGGCAAAUCAACUCUUCUGUCAUUCCUUGGAUUCUCCCCAGGGGUGCAUAUCAUUCUGCCUGUAGGAUGUUGAAAUACUAAGCACGAUCCACAUCCAUGUACUCUGGGGAUUGCAAAUACCUAUUGCUAUUAGACACAUUUCUUUAGAUUUGUGUCGAUUGGUGAAGCUUU